AUGAGGUGGAAGGCUCCUUCACUCGACCCGCCUAAACAUGAACUGGCGUAUUUCCCGGACAUGAACACGUCCCUGCCCAGCCAGUCGGCCGAGUUUCGUCGCGUGUUGUGGACAGGACUGUAUAGCCAACUCGUGCUCAUGACUGUCCCUGUCGGUGGGGAAAUUGGAGAUGAGAAACACACGGUCGAUCAAAUCUUGACUUUCACCUCCGGCAAAGGUAAAGCGACAAUUGCUGGAGUCGACCAGGACGUCAAGGCGGGAGAUCUCAUUAUUGUCCCCGCUGGCACCCAACAUCAAUUCAUCAACACCGGUCCAACCCCACUCAUUUUGUAUACCGUUUAUUCUCCUGCGGAACACAAGCCCACCACGGUGCAUACGGACAAGGCACAAGGUGAUCGUGAGGAGGAGGAAGGCAUCGACGAGGCACCUGAAUGGAGCCAGCGGAGUAAGAAGGAGAAUGAGAGGUUGGGGCUCGUAGAUCCGGAGGACCACUGA